AUGAACUGUAUUCGAAGACUCUUGUGUAAAUCGGACGACGAUGCGUCUUCACUCUACCGUGAUGGCGUGAGGGCAAUUCAGGAGGGUCGCUAUGUCAUUUCCGAGACGAUUUUCCAUCAAAUCAUCCACACCCACCCGUCCUAUAAGUUCUGGAUAAACCUGCACAACCGCGUGCGGCGGACCAACGCUAGUGGGUCAGACGACAGGGCCUGUGGGGCAUCCAAUGAGUUAACCAAAGAUGCAGAGACGAGUUCAUCUGAGUUGAUCGAGCUUUCCCUUGAUAACCAGGUGAUCCAGGUGAUCGACUUCAUUCGCCUAUGCAUGGAUAUUGCUUAUACCUACCUAAACGAACCCGCGGACGAGAUGAACGGCAGGCUCGCGAUGACCUACUACGCCCUUGUCAUCACCUAUCUGUUCGAGUUUUUCCAUUUGAUGAUGCUGUGGAGGAGUGAGGUUGGCGAGGACUUGAUGGUGCAGUCUAAGCAUGGUGGCAAUUUUGGGGAUAAACUCUUCGCCACACCCCUCGACAUUAUGCGAAGUUUCCGAUGUAUGAAACACACAUUUCUAUUUUACUUCGUGAGUGCCACUCUCAACUACAUCGUACUCAGUUUGCAGUAUAUUCAUCAUUUAGAUGUGUCCAAGAAUAAGCUAAAGGAACGUGUUUUAAACAACUGCUUGGAACUAACGAAUCUCACGCAUCUUGUUGUGAAAUGGACGGUUUGUAGUAUGCCGGAGUCUGCCACCGCGCAGACUGUCCUUCAGAAUAUGCCCAGUGUAGAGUUCACCCCCUAUGAAGAGGAUGAGACAGAAGACGAACAAGACAUCGUGUGUAAGAACGACAGUUUCUCUUCUAGAUUGAAAGUUCGGUCUGUAAAUGAAAACUGGGGAAGUUUAGUGGACACCAUUUCAAAUCCUAAAGGCCUCAGUUCCUUUUUUUUUCAUGCGAAAAGAAUGAACCCAAGCAUGAGGCUCGUGCGAGAGCUCCCCAAAAAUCACCAGGUGCGGCUUGGCAUCACGACACAGAUGCUUCGUCAUCAGCUGGCGUGCAUCGAAACACCAACGCAGCGUAACUCGUUCCACUACAUCUCGUGGUUCUUCGCUGAGGAUGUGACCAUGGUUCCGGGGCAGAGCGCGCACUACUUAGCGCGUGAGCUACCGGAUCUGUUUGGAAUCCACGGCAAGUUCCCCCUCAUGCAGACGGUAGGCGAUGCCAUCGAGCAGCACACGAGCCUGAAGGUCAAUCCGAAGGCGCGCGACACCAGCGCGGUGUUCUUCAAAUCCGGCGGUGCGGCCCGCCUGCUUACCGCGUUCGAGACGAACCAGAACACGUGCAAGCGGAAAACGUGUGCGCGUACCGUGGAAAGUCUAAAGCGUCACCUGAACCUCUGCGACUUUCGCAUGCUGGCGGUGGUCGGACUGGAGGAGCUCAUGCUAGUAGGUGCCCCCGUGCUGGUGAUCACUUCUUGUUUGCUAGCCGAAAUGGGGCGCCAUGAGCGUGCGAUGGAGUUUGAUUUGCUGUUGGAUCUCAACGCGGGGUUGAUGUACGGGACAAACUCUCCCGAGUACGACUUCUUGGUCUCGCUGCGUGAUUUUUGCACCGUCAAGCUGUAG